ACGUCACCGGCCCCGCCUUUGCGCAUCGUCAACAUGGCGCUGCCGGUGCGGGCUUCCCUCGCGCCACAUCUCCUUCUCAGUUUCUCCGGGAGGUUUCAGCGAGUCCACCCGAGGUUUCUGUGCGACGGCGGCACGUCGGAAAACGAGGAGCCGUCAACGGCGGCGCGCCGGGUGUUCUCCGGGAUCCAGCCCACGGGGGUCCCCCACCUGGGCAACUACCUGGGCACCUUGGACAACUGGGUGACCCUGCAAGAGCGCUACCCGUCGGUGCUGUACAGCGUGGCCGACCUGCACGCCGUCACGCGGCCGCAGGACCCGCGCGCCCUCCGGACCAACACCCUGGACAUGGUGGCCAGCCUGCUGGCGUGCGGCGUCGACCCGCGCAAGGCCGUCCUCUUCCAGCAGUCGCAGGUGCCCGAGCAUGCCGAGCUUUCCUGGAUCCUCGGAUGCCUGACCAGCAUGCCGCGCCUCCGACACCUGCCGCAGUGGAAGAUCAAGAGCAAGCAGAAGAAUGAAGGCAGCGUGGGCCUGUACACCUAUCCUGUUCUCCAGGCUGCUGAUAUUCUUCUCUACAAGUCCACGCACGUCCCCGUCGGAGAGGACCAGGUCCAGCAUCUGGAGCUGGCUCAGGAUCUGGCUCGCAUCUUCAACCGACGCUACGGCCACCCCGUCUUCCCUCAGCCCCGCGCCUUGCUCGGCUCCGCCCGGAAGGUCAAGUCCCUCCGUGACCCCUCCUCCAAAAUGUCCAAGUCGGACGGCCAGACCAUGGCGACCAUUUAUAUCACGGACACUCCAGAUGACAUCGCCCUGAAAAUCCGCCGCGCCGUCACCGACUUUACCUCGGAGGUGACAUACGACCCGGAAGCCAGGCCGGGCGUGUCCAACUUGGUCGGCAUUCACGCCGCCGCCGCCGCCAUCGGCGUGGACGAGGCCGUGUCGCUGGCCCGAGGCUUGGACACGGCCGCGUACAAAGGCCUGGUCGCCGAGGUGCUGGUCCAGAGGCUGGCGCCUGUUCGCCAGCGGCUGCUGCGGCUCAAGGCGGAGCGCUCCCACCUGGAGGCCGUGCUGGACGAAGGCCGGCGCAGAGCCGGCGAGCUGGCCGCCCCCACGCUACAGCAAGUCCGAAGAUUGGUCGGAUUCUGUUGACAGGACGGGCGCAUUUGGAACUGAAAGCGCCCGAUUGGUCCAUUUGCUUGCAUGAGCUCAUCGCUCUUGUCGGUUUUGGGAGGGGACUGGAUCUUGGUUAGCAAAAAGAACACAAACAAUAUUUCAAAGAUAAAGAUUUUUUUUUUUUCUGCUCCAAGAUGGGAGAACAACUGGCCACAUUCUAUUGGCAGGCGGACUCAGAACAGGCGCCGCCUGAUUGGUCUGUUUUUUCUUUUUUUUCCAUAGAUCAUUAUUUACGAUCUCAU